CACGAGGUGCGUGCGCAGAUAGCUUGUGCGCGCCGUCGUCUGUGUGAGAGCGGCGUUUCGUUUAGCGCUGCCGUUAGCGGUCCUGCUGCGGUUAUAGCAAGGGCGAAUUUCUUUGUGAGGUUGCAGGGGUUUUUCCUUCCCGUUUAUAGCUGUAAAGUCGCGUAACUUACCGACUGACGUUUUUCAGAUAAGAAUAAAGAACAGCCCGUUUGGACCGGCGCGCGGUGCAGAGGGGAGGCUGUAACGUCUCUCUUGGUCUCUGUGGCCCUCCUGUUCCCCGAGUUCAUACCGAUUGUCUUCUGCCACAGCCAGCUCUACUGGAAAUGGAAAAUCUAGGCACUCGUCCCUGCUUUAUUGGUUUAGAGUUUAUCCAUUUAUGUGUCUUUCCUAUGCCUCCAACCAUAAACACAAAUCAGUACUGAACAGAUUCUUCUUUUCUCCUCUUGUCCCACUGAUAAAUUGAAUAUCACACAAUUAAGUGUAUGAGGAUCUUAAAAUAGACUUCAAAAUCAAAGUCCUUUUGUAUUUUUUUGCUCCAGUCCUGCUUUGCUACAAUCCUGGUAAUUUCUCUCUCUUCCUAGUGCCUUAAGCAGCAGUGGCUGAAUCUCAAUAGCUUCAAAUCAGUGAAGUAUACAAAAUGAUGUGGAAUCUUUUGAGUCAAAGGUCAUUACUAUAAUUAGUUUCAAUAAGCUUGAACUUUGAAACAUUUGUCAGAAGGUUGCUUUUAAUAGAAAUUGCUUAAAAGUGAUUUGUUUUUCCUACAUCCAUUCUGUUCUCAGGAUCCAUGACAAACUUCCUUCCCCUGUGUUAAAAAGGUGAUAAUUACCUGAUGCUUUGUUCACCCCAGUUACUGUAUCAGGAAAUGGAUUGGGACCAAUUUGACUUGAACCCUAAAGUAAUUGCUGCUCUUAAAAAAGCUGACAUAAAAUCAGUGAAAGAGAUUUUAAAUCUUUCUGAAGCAGACUUGAAAAGAUUGAUGAAACUAUCCAGUGCAGAUAUACAGUAUUUACUGAAAACAAUCUCUCACGCGCUGAGGAAAAAUAGUAUGCUUACAGCGCUUCAGCUCUACCAAGAUGAACAUCAUCUCACCUCCCAACACCAGAAACUAAGCCUGGGAUGUUCAGUACUAGAUAACUUGUUAAAAGGUGGCAUUCCUUUAGUGGGAAUCACAGAACUUGCCGGCGAAAGUUCUGCUGGGAAGACUCAGAUUAGUUUGCAGCUGUGUCUUUGUGUGCAGUAUCCUUACAAAUAUGGUGGAUUGGAGUCUGGAGCAGUCUACAUUUGUACAGAAGACGUAUUCCCAAGUAAGCGUUUGCAGCAACUCAUAGAUCAACAGCAUAAGCUGCGUGCAGAUGUUCCAACUGAAAUCAUACAGAAAAUCAAAUUUGGAAACAGUAUUUUCAUUGAGCAUGCAGCAGACCUAGACACCUUCCACAACUGCAUUACUAAAAGGAUUUCUUUACUGCUUACAAGAGGCAUGGUGCGGCUCGUGGUCAUAGACUCUAUUGCUGCUUUGUUUCGAUGUGAAUUUGGAGUUUCAGAUUCUGUUAAGAAAGCUCGGUAUUUGCAGACGUUUGGAGCACAGCUUCACAGUUUAAGCACUAGAUUCAGGACUCCAAUAAUGUGCAUUAAUCAGGUGACUGAUGCAGUGAGUGAAUCAGAAGCUGCUCAGUGCAACUGUAGUGCAGCAGAUAGCAGAGUUUCUCCAGCACUUGGAAUAACCUGGGCAAAUCAACUGCUAUUGCGACUGAUGGUCAGUCGAGUAUCACAACCUGAACAGUCAUCUGGAGUUGCAUUACACCACACCGGAAGUGUGAGGACUUUAAGAGUAGUUUUUGCUCCUCAUCUCCCUCCAUCUUUUUGCUACUAUACAGUAAAAUUGGAAGGUGUGAAAGGAAUAAAUCCAUUGCAUAGUAUGGCAUCCUGCUUCAACAAUUUAUAGAAUUUACUGUGCUACAGGAAGAAUUAUUAGUAACCUGAGGUUGUUCACAGAUGAGAGAAAUGGAUCCUGAAAUACAUAAAAGGUGAUAUGACAAUACAUUUUAAAGCCUCUUCUCCAUUGUGAAAAGCUGAUGUUUCUAUAUUUAGAUAUAUCAUCAGCUUUUCAUCUUGAGAUAAGUAUUCUGAAGGAGAGUAAAGCUGUGGGCAGGCAGACAGCAUAAUGUAGUGUGAUGUGGAGAUCCCUGUGUUAAGGAGACCUGACUUUUAAUUUUUUUAAUAGCACACUACUCAGCAUAACUGCAGUCGUACACCUUUUCUGCUUCCAGACCCAAAAGGGGUUCAAAUUCAACCAGUUAAUGCUGCCUACUUGUAUUUCUAGUCCUCAUGUUGGCAUUAAGCAUAGCCAUUUUUCUAUUUUUAGGGCCUCAGAAAUAACCUUUGUCACAGAUCAGCUGGCCUCUUCUUAAUAAAAGCACUUGUUCUUAAUGUUAGGACAAACAGGAAGAAAGACCUUUAUUUUAUAAUUUUAAUCAAAUUACUUUUUACUGCUUUUGGACUGUGUGGGCAUAUCUGACUUCAUGUAACUUCUACAAGUUAUUUAUUUGGAAAUUUAAAGAAAGGAUUAAAGGGUCACAGAAGCAAUGGUAGCUAUGAGAGGCAAAACAGACCUAAAAGGACUGGAUCUGUUAGUCAUAGACCCAGAACUUCCACUAAUAUGGUUCAUUUCAGCCUGCUCUUUUUUCACUUUUCCUGCUUUCCA